AUGGUGAAACCCCUAACAUUCAAAGGCGACAAGCCAAAGAAGCGCAAAGUCCGCAGCGCCGACAGUGAAACCCCCUCCAAGACCCGCAAAACCGAACCAGAGGCCGAAACCAACCCAGAAGACCAGAGUUGGGUUUCAGCCGACACAGUAGGCGACAUCGCCGGCCCAGUCGUCUUAGUCCUCCCCUCCGACGACCCAACAUGUAUCGCCAGCGAUGCAAACGGCACAGUAUUCGCGAGCAAGCUUGAGAAUCUCGUCGAGCGAGAUCCCGCAACCGCAGAACCGCACGACGUGCGCCAGGUCUGGGUGGCGUCGCGCGUCGCAGGGACAGAGUCUUUUAGCUUCAAAGGACACCAUGGGAAAUACCUCUCUUCCGAUACUCACGGCCUCCUCAGCGCCUCCGCUGCAGCGGUCAGCCACUACGAAUCCUUCCUUGCCAUCCCGUCCGAAGUCUCGGGUACAUUCUCGCUGCAAACGCACGGCGGCGAUGGAGAGUCUUUCCUCGCCAUCAAAGAGAAUAGUAAAGCCACUGCUGGGGUGGAGAUCCGCGGUGACGCAAACGCGAUCUCCUUCGAGACGACUAUGCGCGUGCGCAUGCAGGCAAGGUUCAAGCCCCGCUUGCGCGCUAGUAAGGAGAGCAAGGCAUAUGAGAAGAUUAGUAAGAAAGAGCUUGAGGGGAUUGUUGGGAGGAUAUUGGAUGAUGAGGAGGUUAGGAGGUUGAGGAAAGGACGGAAGGAGGGAAAUUUCCAUGAGAUUUUGCUCGAUGUCAAGAUUAAGGGGAAGCAUGAUAAGUUUGCUUGA